UUUGGCCAAACCGCAUGGCCUAACUGUUGUCUAGUAGCCACCGGCUGCUGGUGUACGAGAGUGGAAAGGUGUGCGCGCGUGUGUGUGUUGAAGUUUGCAUGGAACGGUUGGUGUGGAUAGUGAAGAAUUUGGCUCCAUCCGUCGUGACCUGACGCGAAGGUGUAGAACCGGCUGUCAUCGAAAGCGGGUACGAUCGUUUAGGCUCUCAAAAGAAGCACACACACACAGACAGAUACGGGCAAAUCGUUUUAUUUGUAGUUUGAAAGCUAGAGCAGAGCGCCAAUGGCCUCGCAAGAAGAUUCCGCCGUCAAUCAGGCGGGAAAGAUACUGUCCGUGUGCUGGAAUGCUGGUGCACUGGCCGCAUCGUAUUAUGACAUCGAUCAGCUCGAACUGUACGCUGUCCAGCAGGCGAUCGAACCCCGUCCCCAGUACGUGCUGCUGCGCGACCUCGUGCAGCGCUACCGCCCCCUAUACUACGUCAUUACCGGUCCUGCCUGCUUCCUGGAAGAUUGCCGCGAGGUGCUGGGCGUCCCGGCAGCCGUUGCGAAUCAGCCCGCACCGUCCGAUUCGGUCGACCAAGGUGGAAGCAACGCUUCCCAGCCAUCGAACGUGAAGAUUGUGGAGUAUACGGCCCAGUCGCAGGCCCAGGCUAGGGGUCGCCUGCUCGCCCACAAGCUUGCCGGCAUGCCGCCGGAAUCGAGCGAACGCGAGUGCCGCACGUUUCUCAAAAGCAUCGUUCCGUUCGAGCAGGAACUGCUGGUGACCAGCGUCGGCAAUCUGCUGCUGCUGCUCGACACCGUCGGUGACACCCUGUCGCCGGCGCAGCUCGUCACGAGGAUCAAUCUCGUCACGCCCAGCACGCAGCUCGUCAUCGACGGGCUGACGUACGAGGCGCUGCAGAUAUUCGACGCCAGCCGGCACCCGUCCGGCUUCAAGUGCGGCACGGAUACGCGCGGCCUCUCCGUGUACAGCUUGUUCAACAAGUGCUCCUCGAAGAACGGGGAAGAGUGGCUCAGCCGGCUGAUGACGCAACCGAUCCGGGAUCGGGCGGAGCUGCAGCACCGGCACGACACCGUCCAGUGGCUGCUGGCGAACGUCCGGUACGCGAACCAGUUCGACCAGUGCCUGAAGCAUCUGACCAACGUUGGCCUGCUGUAUCGGAAGCUGCUGCAAGGCACGGCCCGCAACGUGGACUGGAAGAUGCUGAAGAAAAAUCUCUACUAUCUGUACAGCCUGUGCAAGCUUUGCGCGCUGACGCUCGGGGAUGCGCAGGUGGCCGGCACGGUUGUGCAGGAGCUGGGCCAGUACACGCGCAGCCCGACCAACGCACUCAAGCACGUGCUGUACACCAUCGACAAGUGUUUGGAUCUGGAGAAGGGGGACGAGGAGAACAAGGUCACGAUACGGGCCGGGCUCGAUCCGGCCGUCGACCGGCUGCGCGAACAGUACGACGGUUUGCGCGAGGUCGUGCUGGAAUCGUCCCGACUGGGGCUGGAAACGCUGCAGCUCGAUAUGGCCAACAUCUGCGUAACGUAUCUGCCGUCGUUCGGGUUCGUGAUCAGCACGCAGGUCGACGAGCAGCUGCAACGGUCCGGGAUCUUUCAGCACGAAUCGUUCGAUUUGGUGUUUCAGGCGGACAACACCGCCUACUUCCAGAUAAGCCUGUGCAAGCAGCUGAACGACGAGUUCGGCCAAAUGGUAGCGUCAAUGAUCGAGCACGAGCUGGCGGUGCAGACGCGCCUAACCACCUUCGUCGGUACCAAGUUCCCGGAGGUGAUGGGCGUGUUCAAGCUGGCGGGCAAACUGGACGCACUGCUAUCGUUUGCCACCGUCGCCAAGAUGCAUCGCUACGUGCGGCCAAUCGUUUGCGACGGUGCGAAGGUGCUGCAGAUACAGGGCGGCCGGCAUGUGGUGCUGGAGCAUCGCCGAGCGUACCGGGCGAAUGACACGUGCGUCGGCGAGACGAACCACCACCUGGUGAACGUGAUUGCCGCCGACACCUCGGUGGGCAAGACGACCUACCUGAAGGAGGUGGCCAUCAUCUGCUAUCUGGCCCACGUGGGCUCGUUUGUGCCGGCGGCGUACGCCAAAAUCCCGCUGCUCGAUUCCAUCUACACGCGGCUCGACCACCCGGAAUCGAUCUUCAGCGGCCGAUCGUCCUUCAUGUCGGAGCUGUACCAGAUGGCGAGUUUGCUGCAGAACGCCACCGCCAGCUCGCUGGUGCUGAUCGACGAGUUUGGCAAGGGGACCAACUAUCUCGAGGGGAAAUCGCUACUGAUCGCAUCGAUCGAACACUUGCUCAAGCGGGGCCACCGCGCACCGAUAACGUUCGUUACUACAAAGUUUACCGGCAUCGAGCGCUUUCUGCCCACCGUGCACCGGCACCUUCUGGUGCGGGUACACCGUACACCGACCGACCGGCAAUCGCGUAGCAGCACCAGAACCAGUGACACGCUGGACGUGACCUCCGACGACCCGGCCGAUCCAACCGAACGGCUGAAGGCCACGUACCAGCUGGCGUUCCGUGCGGUCGCUUUUGCAGUGAUGAAAUACCACCAGGCGGCGGGUGGCCAGGCACCGGCCACGGAAAGCGUUCAAGCGCUGAUGGAAUCCACGCCAAUCACGCGCGUACCGGAACAGUGUCUAGAAAUUUCGCAUCCACCGCCGUCACGUGCGGUGCAGCAGCAGCACAACAGGCACGCCAACGAUGACGUUACCGGUGAUGGUACUUAAUGGAAAAUCCUAUCGAAAAACGUAACAUUUAAAUGUUUAAACACCUUCUCCCCGUACCGAGGAACCAGUGAUGAGGCACGCUUCCCCGGGAAGGUGUAGAUUUCUUUUUUCUUUUUUUUUUUUUUUGGGUCCCAACACCCAAUUCCGUGAAAGGUUCGAAGCUGACCUUUUACCCGGACAAUCGGACUGUCAGGUGUGGGGAAACUAAUUGAACAAUCGAUGCAAAAGGUUGUACGCAAUCGGUUACAAGAAACGCCGCAAGUGUCCGAAUCCGGCGCUGGAUUUGAGGCCAGCGUAUGUCGCGUGGCUACGAUGUGUGCCGUCCCGCACACACACACACACACACAAUCAAUACGCGCGCUGUCGACCGAAAUGGCGCACUGAUUCUGUUUGUUUAUAAUUAAUGAUUUAUUGAUUUUCCACGUUUUCCGGUUGUUGUGCGGGGGAGGAGGGUACGACGGUUGCGUGUUGCGGGGCUGGGUGGAAAUAAUAAUUUUCAGUAUGAAGUGCAGCGCAUGCACUGGCGGUCAGGGGAGCGGUGGAGCAUUUUUAUGCAAGUGCUUCAUAUAGUGCUAGAGUGGGUGGAAACCAUAGGCCAGAAAUUGUACUUUGAUUGAUACCACUUUUCACCCACUUCCUUCCCCCGCCCCGUCAAAUGCUUUUGUAUCGGGCAAGGUCACAUUCUCAUGGUGGUGCGUUGUGGUCCGUUUUGUAUGUUCGAUGUGAAUGUGUUGAAAUAUGAAUUUUGUCAUACAUUAGCAAUGGUGUUCCGGUACGAUGUGUUUUUUUUUGUCUUCU